CUCCAUCUCCCCAGGGUUCCUGGGCACUGAGAGACCCCUUCUGCCCACAGAGCUAACCAGCCUCUGCAUUCACCCUGCCCUAUAGGAAGCUGUCCCCCAGGGCCGGUCCCGGAGGGCGUGAUCCGCCUGUACAGCAUGAGGUUCUGCCCGUACUCGCACAGGACACGCCUUGUCCUCAGGGCCAAAGGCAUCAGACAUGAAAUUAUCAAUAUUAACCUGAAAAACAAGCCCGACUGGUAUUACACAAAGCAUCCCUAUGGUCAAAUUCCUGUCUUGGAGAACAGCCAAUGUCAACUGGUCUAUGAGUCUGUCAUCGCCUGUGAGUACCUGGAUGAUGUUUACCCGGGAAGGAAGCUGUUUCCCUAUGACCCCUAUGAGCGAGCUCGACAGAAGAUGUUACUGGAGCUGUUCUGUAAGGUCCCACACCUAACCAAGGAGUGUCUGGUGGCGCUGAGAUGUGGGAGGGAAUGCAACGAUCUGAAGACAGCCCUGCGUCAGGAAUUCUGCAACUUGGAAGAGAUUCUAGACUACCAGAACACUACCUUCUUCGGGGGUGACUGCAUCUCCAUGAUCGACUACCUGUUCUGGCCCUGGUUCGAGCGGCUGGAUGUGUACGGCAUAGCAGACUGUGUCAGUCAUACCCCGUCGCUUCGGCUGUGGAUCGCCGCCAUGAAGCAGGACCCUACUGUCUGUGCCCUCCUCAUAGACAAGAACAUUUUUCUGGGCUUCUUGAAUCUGUACUUCCAGAACAAUCCUAAUGCCUUUGACUUUGGGCUAGUCUGCUGAGUAUCAUGAUGCCUUCCCUGUCACCAGCUGUGCUCCAAUUCUGCUCCAGGAGUGGUCUGCAGGGGUCAAUCCAUCUCCAUUCCCUCUCUUUGAGGGUCCCAAUUAAAAUGGAAACAGGAAAGGCAUUAACCCCAGAUCAUGGCUUGUCUGACUCCUCUGUCCUGGAGCUGCAUACGGUACCUCUCCCCAAGGGUACACUGCUAAGGUGUGAGCCCAGCUCAGAAAACCUGUGUGCUUCCAGACCCCAUCACCUCUGCCCAGCUUGUUCUCCAGGUCGCUUGAUGCUGGUGCAGAGCUUGAGGUUCAGGCUCUACCUGGAGGCCCCCCAAAAGACUUCCCUGAUGAGAAGGAUGCUUGAAAGGAGUGAGGAACAAGAGAGGAAGCAAGUCUGGCUUCCUUCAUUUUUUUGGCAAGGAACGCUGCUCUCCACGUGGCCGUGCAUAUAUCAUCCACAUUCAGAUUCUGACACAGGCCUGUGAGGUCCAGAAGGUCUCGUGAUUGGAAAGAAUUCCAAAGCAGGAAGCAAAACAGCCGUUUAUCACCCCAGGCUCCCUACGUCAGGAUGUCACAGGAGCUGGCAGGGCUCAGGAUGUUUCACAGAAUGUUCUGAAGCCAGCAUCCUGCCUGAAGGGAACAGACACACCCCGAGCCAAGCACAGGCAAAGGUCACACUGGUGGAUCUGCAUCAUACACCUUUCCAGCUGGCCCCCUGGCAAGGACCCCCAGUGCCCUGUCAAGAACCAGGUCCAAGCCACCUCAGGAAAGAAGUUGACACAGGCACAGGCCCUGCCCCAGUGCAGCCACAUACCUCUCCAUUGUCUUGCUGGAGGCUUCUCUUCGGUCUAGACCAGGCUUUGAGCUGCUUGCUUGCACUGGGGAUGCCGGGGCCCUCUGCUACCUUAGCCAAGCAGCACCGCAGUGGAUGAGAAAGCAUGAGCCUAGCUGAGUGUAUAUGCUGGUGCCUGAGGCCGGGAAUGCCUGUGG